UUGUCCAGUCAGAAAUGUAAACUGCACUACAUUAGCCACUUUCAAAAUUGCAUACCUGGCUGGGAAAGGGCCACGGACAACAGCUACACGGUGGCGGCGACUGUGCAGUUAAGCGAGGGGUAUGAAGACGAUGCAAUGGGCUGCUAGAGCCGAACACCUAGGCGGGAUACCCCGCAAGAUGAUGUUCUUGGCGGUGGGAGCAUUCUCCAAAGCGGUGUCUAAUCUGUUCAACAACACUACCGUGCACAACGCCGACACCCUCCUCCGUCUUGUCCGAUCCCGCCCACCCGGUGUCCCUCUCCUUACCAUCAGUAAUCACAUGUCCACGUUGGAUGAUCCAGUAAUGUGGGGGUUCAAGGGUUUCCCUGUAACAGAUGCAAAAUUGGGAAGAUGGGUUCUAGCAGCGGAAGAUAUAUGCUUUAAAAAUAUGGCGCUUUCAUAUUUUUUCAGGCUUGGGAAAUGUAUUCCUAUAACAAGGGGAGGUGGAAUCUAUCAAGAGCACAUGAACGAGGCCCUUGAUCGCUUGAGUGAUGGAGCUUGGUUGCAUACAUUUCCAGAGGGGAAGGUGUGUCAGGAAGAUGCACCAAUAAGACGGUUGAAAUGGGGAACUGCCAGUCUCAUUUCUCGUGCCCCUGUGACGCCAAUAGUUCUGCCAAUUGUUCAUCAUGGUUUUGAAAAGGUCAUGCCCGAGAAAUAUAUGUUUGGUAGAAGGCCUCCUUUUCCAUUGUGUAAUAGGGAUAUUAGAAUAGUGAUUGGUGAACCAAUGGAAUUUAACAUUCCCAAAUUGAAGAAGAUGGCUGUAGACAUGUCUAAUGAUGUAUCAUUUAGCCCUGCCGGUUGGCCGAGGACCUGUGGAUUGGAUGAGGCAGCACAAAGAUGUCUUUAUACGAAUAUAUCAAACCAAAUACGAACAGCCAUGGAAAGAUUGCGGAAAAUUUGCAAAUGUUGUCAGGAGAUGAAGGAUUAAGGCUCGAUGAUUUUGGAAAUAUCAAAGGGAUAUUGCAGGUUUAUUAGUUUUGAAGCAUUUUUUCUCAUUGGGGGGCGUUUAAGAUUUUGGAAUUAGAGGAUUUUGACGAAGUUGAGAGCCGAAGGCUUUCUUUUUCUGUACGGCUUAUAUCGAGUUAGUGCAUUUGAACUCGUAAAUAGGUCUUUCGUGUUCUCAUUUUUCUCCCUCGUUUCUUCGCUUUCUUUGUCUUGUCCGAAGAGUUCUAUGCAUGGAGUUUGCACACUAACCAUUGUGGUGGAAAGGAAAAUUAAGUAUAGCUUUGGAACAUCUUUCAUUACAUACAUUUCUUGGAGUCGGUUUCUAUUGCAAUGAUUCCAUUUUUA